AUGAGUCUUAGAAGACUAAGGGCCCUCGUUUUGGGCGAGUCUGAACUUGAACCGCACAACAUUCAUACCUCCCUCUCCGCCUCAGGCAUCCCAAUAACCACCGUCGACUGUCGCAGCUGUUCAAAUCCUUGUGAAGAAGGCCACUCCGAGUACCCAAGGCGGUUCACCAUCGACUACGACUCCACACUGCUCGGGUCAAUGAAACCAUUCCGACGUCAGAUCGUUAUAUCCACCGGCAAGUCGGACUGGGACUUCAAUAUCACUGACACGCCCGACUCGCUCGCCGCGUCGAUUGCCCUUUCCCAGCCACCCACACCCGCGCCGGAGCCUAUUUCCAUCGAGCUGGACGAAAAAGCGGCGGGCCAGUGCAUACCCGGAGUUUUCACAUCGUCAGAUUCCACACGGCUGUCUAUUCUGAAUGGGAGCCACAAAACGCUUUCCGUCGAAGAAGAAGAGCACACAGUCUUAGUGCUGCCCGACUACACAAUGGUCGUUGGCGUCCGCCCCGCCGACGCGCCCGAGCUCUGGCGGACUGUUUUAGACGCGUCAUUACCGCGCCACGGAAUGACGACCGAAAGAAGCGCUUUCUCGAGCUACGUGCUUCCUUUUGCUUGCGUAAUCCUGCUGUGCUCCCACAAGCGCAGGGACAACCGCUGUGCGAUUUCGGCGCCGAAACUCGAAAACGCAUUCAUUCGGUCGCUGGAAGGCAAAGGGUGGACAGCACAUACCCAGCUAGAACACAUCGUCGACCCCCCGCUAGAAAAAUUCUCGGGGUCAGCGGAGGCGAAGGAGCGUCACAUCGCAGACGAAUUGCGCGCACUCCCGGCCACGCGAAAAGCACUAAUUCUGAGGAAUUCGCACAUCGGCGGUCACAAGUUUUCGGGCAAUUGCGUACUCUAUCUCCCAUCAGGGUCCUGCAUCUGGUAUGGGCGCGUGUCAACGCAUGAAGUCGAAUCGAUCGUCGAAAACACCAUCCUGGGUGGUUUGGUACUCCCCACUUUACUUAGAGGCGGGAUGAAUAUCUCGCGGCCUGGAUGCCCCACUUUGCAUGACUGGUAG